CGUGACUGCUUCAGGUUGGUGCACGUGACAUGGCUGGGUUUACAAGGAAGGAGCAUCCGUGAUAAUGCGCACAAUGCUAAAAAUGGGAAGUCGAGAUGAUUGAAGAACAACCUUGAAAAUGAUCAAGUGAGACGGCAGACGACGAGAUCACAACUCGCCUUGUGUACAGCGUACCUAUCAUCGUCGUUUAUGACGAGAGGUUGUCUGAUGUAGGCCAAUUGCGCCAGCUAUUUCUGCCCUGCUCCCCUAGUCCACCUCCAGCCAGCCGGAUGCUAGCUUGGAUUGAAGAUUCUUUUCAACAAAGUACACAUAUGGCAGUCAAGUCCCUACAUAUGAACUGCAAAGAUAGACCACGCUGACUCGUCUCUAAAUGGCAGGUAGCAGUAUGAAUGCGGGGUAUUCUUGACUACAUGGACAAUUGCCCCGGCUAUCUCGAAACCGCAAAAGACCGCUUUUCUGUGAGGCGAGGUCUCCUGACCGAUUCCAUACUUGCUUUCACAGCUUCACCACUUCAUUCUUAUUCUCGCCCCUGAGCCACUGUACAAACAUCAUGUGGGCCAAGCUUGCAUUUCGUCUGCUGCGGCCUCUUCCCAGAGCAUCGGGACAGCGUACAGGGUUCCGCUAUACCAGCCACACAACCGCAGAGACCUUGCAUGAUGGCGACCUUCGCAGCGUCAGAGCCAUGUUCGAUCUAAAAAACCGUAAUUACAUCGUGACUGGCGGGGCAAGAGGUAUUGGCUAUUCUAUCACCAGGGCCAUCGCCGAGAUGGGUGGCAAUGUAGCUGUCUUGGAUAUCUCAAACUCACCCGUCAAGGACUUUUCCAGUCUCGAAGCGGAAUUUGGCGUCAAGACUCGUUACAUCAAAACGGACGUCACGAGUGAGGAAAGCCUCACCCAUGCCUUUGAACAGUCCAUAUCCGAACUCGGAUCCUUGGAUGGAUGUGUCACUGCCGCUGGCAUCGUCCUUGACAAACCGUUUGUCCAACAUACUUGGAAAGAGGUCUCCAGAAUCCAGGAGAUCAAUGUCAAUGGCACAUUUUUCGCAGCUCAGCUUGCCACUAAGCAAAUGGAAAAGCAAGGCACCGGCGGUCGUCUGGUCCUCAUUGCCUCCGUUUGUGCACAUUGUGCGAUCCCCGGCCAUCAUCUAGCCGCCUACCACACCUCUAAAGGCGCCGUCAAGAUGUUGACGACCGCCCUGAGCGUCGAGUUGGCACCCCAAGGUAUCACGGUCAACUCCAUUUCGCCAGGCUACACAGAAUCCGACAUGACCAAGAAUCUGCGCAAGGACCAUCCACACCUAGUCGAGCUGAUGCACACGGCCCCGCCCCUGAAGCGUAUAGGCAAUCGCAACGACUUGAUGGGCGCCGCGGUGUACCUGUUAAGCGAUGCCGCUUCCUAUACCACUGGUACCGAUAUUUUGGUAGAUGGCGGCCUUCACGCUGGUCGCAUUGAGGCCUAGCAUGGCCACCGGUCUUUAUGAAGAACCAUUUCGGUGAGGCGUCAUAACACUAGUACAGGCCUUUUUGUUGCUUCACACCGGUUUGACUCCACGAUGAAUAGUGGCUAUGCCCCCCGAUAGGUUUUCAAACCCCUUGCCGGGUGUGAUGAACCCUGCUUCCUGAAUCAUGGCUUUGAAUUCUUCCUGAGGGGGAUGUCGUUCGAUGCUCUCAACCAGGUAUUGGUAACUAUCUCUAUCCCCGGCCACCAGUUGACCUAUCAACGGGAUUGCACUAAAGCUCCA